AUGGUCGAUGUCGCUCCCCCACCGGUAUCGCUCAGCCAAGAUGCGCUAGAUAGACUUUUCGCAUCUUCCGAUGACGAAGAUGGUGGGCCGUCGAUCCUGCCCGACAUGGACAGAGCGCAAAUCGCGCGGGACGCGCAACGCAAGGCCCGGCAGAGCUUGAACAUGCCCGAACCUGCUCCUGCAGCUCCAUCGACUGCAGCUCAGGGAACACCAGACGGACCAGCCGGUGCAAAUGCAAAGCGGCGACGGGAUGAAGAAGAGGACGAAGAACCUAAGCGGAGGGUAAUCGCGAAGAUUGACGCUGAGCGACUGCUGGGCGAGUACGGCUUCCCUGCACUAAUACAACAAACAAAGAACUUCAAGCCGAAAGGGAAAGGACGUGAAAAAGAAGAUCUCGACCGCAUCAUGACCCUCUACCAACUCUGGGCGCACCGCAUGUUCCCGAAGCGUCGCUUCAUCGAUACCGUCGAACGAGUUGAAAAAGUCUGCAGGGAGAGACGCAUGCUUGUUGCGCUUUCAGUCUGGCGGGAUGAGCUGAAUCCGAUCCCGAAGCAGAACAGGGAUCCCAUCAGCGAGGCGGACAUGGUUCUCAGCGACAACGAGGGCGGUGACCAGAUAAAAAGCAAGCCAGUUACUGCAGGCCAAACAAAUGACGAAUCCGAUGAACGACAUUCAUUGUCGAACAGGAGGAAUAACGACGAUGACUCGGACGACGAGGAGAUAUGGGCUGAAAUCCUCGAUCGGAUGAAGGCCAAUAACGCUGCGAAAUCUGCCGCGGCAGAUGCUGCGAACGGCGCCACUCAGCCGUCCAAUGAGCUAGAAAGACUGUUUGACAAAGACGAAAACGCUGUAUUGGACGACAUGUUACGAGAGGAGGAAACGCUCUCUGCUAAGAAAACGGAACCUAUUAGAAGACAGACGGAGCAAGAAGAAGACGAGGACGCUCUCUGGGAUGAGAUGGUGAGAGAGCAAGAGCGUGAAGAAUUGGCUACAGCGCAACCGACAACUGCCGCUGAAGCCGUCCAUGUUGAUGAUGAGGAAGACAUACUGGAACUGAUGAGAGAGGCUGAGGACAGUGAAGCGAAAGAUGUGGCAAGUGCUGCGGCUUUGCCAUUGGGAUCUGGUCCCACGCCUAUCGAUGUCGCUCUGACGGGUAUUCCUCCUCCCGGGAAUGCGGUUGAAGAAGAUUGGGAAAGACUGUACGAUUAA